GUGCUUGGGCCUGACCUUCAUUUAAUCUCACUUCUGUCUCUUCCAACUUCGACCAAGAAAAACUGGAAGUCCUUCUCCUUUGUCUGAAAUAUCAGCCACAGAGAGAGAAGCAGAGCUCGUAACAAUGGCGAUGGUCUCCUUGAACCUCGGCAGCGGCCCAAAUCCCAAGGUGCUCCAAGUCAGUUGCAGAAAGAGAGAGAGGAGCAGAGAUAACUAUGACCCCUACAAAGUCAUCGAAAUUACUCCUCCGCCCAAGAACCUCGGCGUCCGUUGCUUUCCCUCUAACAUGCAAUGCGGGGAGAUUGUGACAAUCGAAAGCCAGACUUAUGCAAUCUCGGCUGUAACUCAUAGGUACCAGCUUCGAAAGGGGAAGUACCAACCAAGCGAGAAGAGACUCGAUGUCUUAUCCACGUCGCGAUACGUCUUGAAUUUAUACUUGGAUAAUUUACUAGAACAGUCUUGAGACUUGUAGCUUAAGUUAGUUCCACUUCCACACACUGUUGAAAUUCUCCAUGAUUUGAUUGUGCAGUUCUUCUAUUUCCUUAUGCUAACUUUGUUGGUUAUCCAUGAGCUUUGUAGUAGUUUUCCCAGUGUUGGAAUGUAACUAAUGUAAGCCUGUAAAAGUAAGAG